UGACAAGAUGUUGAAUAGAAAGUAUCUCGGCAUCGCAAUUGCAUUGCAAUUGCUCGGCUGGGCAAUGGCUGGAAAUAUCCUGGCAUUGAUGGGCAUGACGUCACAUAGUCAUCAUAUAUGGAAUAGCGUAUUGUUGUAUGAGCUAGCCGAAAGGGGUCACAAUCUAACCAUACUCUCGGUGAACUUGCCACGUCCCAACGACAAGGUGCCUGCUAAUGUCACAUACAUCUAUCUGGAGCGUGCCUACGAUUUCUAUACGGAUGAUAAGGAUAAGAUCGAUAUUAAUUUUUUUAUCGGCAUCAGCAGCUAUGCUACGAUUCCCCUUAUGUAUAAAUUUGGCGUGAAAACGGCAGAGUAUAUAACCGUUUCGAAGGGUCUGCAGCAGUUAUUGGAUUAUCCCGACGAAUUUAAGUUCGAUGUGAUCAUUAACGAUUGUACAAUGGGUCCAUAUUUGAUGGGCUUUGUCCACAAGUUCCGCUAUCCGCCCGUAAUUGGCAUGACAGCCUUAAGUAAUAACCCAGUUAGUAUAGACUUUAUGUCUAAUAGUUAUUUUCCUGCCCUGAUUCCCUACUUUUCAACAUUGUAUAAACCAAAAAUGAACUUUUUUGAACGUUUCGAUAAUACACUAAUAUUUGCCCUAGAUACACUCUAUCGUCGCCUGUACUACAAUCCCAAGCUCGAUAAGAUAAUGCGCCCCUUUUUUGCCCCCGAUAUGCCGCCUCUUUCCGAGUUGGCCAAGUUGACAAAGAUUGCACUGAUCAACACACAUCCAGCUAUAAAUUUUGUGGAGUCUUUGCCCCCGAAUAUGAUCGAGAUUGGAGGCUUGCAGGGCAGACCUGGAAAUCCCCUGCCCACCGACCUAGAUCAGUUCAUGCGAAAGGGAAAACGUGGCGCGAUAUUCUUCUCAAUGGGCACUAAUAUGUUGCCCCACGAUGUGGACAGGGAGACCAAGUUGAAGAUUGUAGAGGCCUUUAGGCAGCUGUCCGACUAUAACAUUAUCUGGAAAUUCGACAAGGAGUACUUAAAGGAUGUUCAAAUGCCUGGCAAUGUUCUGGUUAGGGACUUUUUGCCACAACGCGAUAUACUGGCUCAUGAAUCUCUGAUAUUAUUUGUUUCCCACUGUGGUGGUCUGAGCACACAGGAGGCCACCUGGCACGGUGUGCCUCUAGUAGGAAUUCCCCUGUUUUUGGAUCAACAUCGCAAUCUUUUGCAAACUCUGAGCGCCGGCGCUGCUGUAAAGGUUGAUUAUCUGAAGAUGACCACGGAAAUUUUAGUCUCAGCUAUAAAAGAGGUCGCUGAGAAUAAAAGCUACUCGGUGGCCAUGAAACUGCGUUCCAAACGUUUAAGGGACACUCCUGUGCCGCCCCUCGAGUUGGCCGUGUGGUGGGUCGAGUACUUGAUGCGGCAUCCCGAUCCAGUUCAUUUACAUUCCACGGCCAAGGAACUGAACUACUUCCAAGCACAUUCGCUGGAUGUACUCGCAGUACUGGCAUUGAUUCCCCUGAUAAUCCUGUACGGAUUAAGCCGCCUCUGUGCCGGAAAAGGAAAACAACAGCUCAAAAAACAUCAUAAACGCGAUUGAGAACAGAUAAAUGAUACAGUUGAAUUAUUUAGUUUUUAAAUAUGUUUUUAUUUGUAUAUAUAGCUAAAUAUUAAACAAUACAUUGUUAUUAUUA